AUGUCGGCGCCGAACGACGGCUACGGCCAAUAUCCCUCGCAACAGGAGCCCUACGCCGACCAGCCUCAGGAUGGCUACGACGCACAGGGAGCCCAAGCUCCUCAGUCUGCUACCGCCGACCACGGCAAGAAGAAGAAGAGGGGGUAUGCCUCCCAGGCCUACGAGUUUGGAGCCGGUGCCAAUUCCGCUGGCGGCGCGCCUGCCCAAGCGCAAGCUGCUCCGUAUGGCAUGCCGCAACCUCAGGUCCCGUCCUAUGGAGGCUAUACCCAGCCAGAUGCCCAACCCGCCGCCGCAGCUUAUGGCUCUCCCCAGCCGCAGCAGUACGGCAUGCCGCAACCCGCCGCCGCCCAGGCCGGAGGCUAUGGCGGAUAUCAGGCCCCCGAUGCCGGGUACCCUGCCCCUGGCGGCGCUCCUGCCGCCCCCGGGGUCGCUGGCCUCAACCAGCAGAUGGCCGGCAUGAACCUCGGCGGUAACCCUCAGCAGCCGCCCCCUGGCCAGCCGGCCGGUACCCGCCCUGUGGCCCUGAACCAGCUUUAUCCGACCGACCUGAUGAACCAGCCAUUCAACGUCGCCGAGCUGGACCUGCCUCCUCCCCCCAUCGUCCUUCCUCCCAACACCAGCGUUACCCCCUCUCCCGAUGCGAACUGUGGCCCCAAAUACGUCCGCUCUACGCUCAAUGCUGUUCCAACAACACACUCUCUCUUGAAGAAGUCGAGAUUACCUUUUGCCCUUGUCAUCCAGCCUUACGGUGCUCUUCAUGACAGCGAGGACCCAGUUCCCGUUGUGCAGGACCAGGUUAUCGCGCGUUGCCGAAGAUGCCGAACAUACAUCAACCCUUUCGUCACCUUCCUCGAUCAUGGCCACCGCUGGCGCUGCAACAUGUGUAACCUGACUAACGACGUGCCUCAAGCUUUCGACUGGGAUGCUGCUUCACAAAGGAGCUCCGACCGGUGGGGUCGUUACGAGCUCAACUACUCCGUCGUUGAAUUCGUGGCGCCUCAGGAGUACAUGGUUCGCCCACCCCAGCCGCUCGUGUACCUGUUCCUUUUCGACGUCAGUUAUGCCGCGGUAUCUACCGGCCUCCUCGCUACCAGCGCCCGCACCAUUCUCGACAGUCUCGACAGAAUACCUAACGCUGAUCGUCGGACUCGCCUUGGAUUUAUCGCCGUGGACUCCAGCCUUCACUAUUUUUCCGUUCCCAAGGACGGCGAGGAGAACGCCGAGACCAACAUGUUGGUUGUCAGCGAUCUUGAGGAACCGUUCUUGCCCGUGCCGCAGGACUUGUUGGUGCCGCUGACCGAGAGCCGCCAGAGCAUCGAGAGCUUCCUGACCAAGCUGCCUGAGAUGUUUCAGAGCAACCAGAAUAACGGCUCUGCUAUGGGAUCUGCUCUUAGAGCUGGUCACAAGCUGAUCUCCGCUCUCGGUGGAAAGAUCGUCGUACUCAGCGCUUCGCUGCCCAACGUUGGCGUUGGCAAGUUGGAUAUGCGCGAGGACAAGAAGCUGCUGGGCACGAGCAAGGAGAGCAGUCUGCUUCAGACGGCUAACAGCUUCUACAAGAGCUUCGCCGUCGAGUGUUCUAAGAACCAGGUCUCGAUCGACAUGUUUCUCUUCUCCUCGCAGUAUCAGGAUGUCGCGUCUCUGAGCAACCUGCCGAGAUACACUGGAGGACAAACCUGGUUCUACCCAGGCUGGAACGCCGGUCGUCCGGAGGAUGCCAUCAAGUUUGCUUCCGAAUUCAGUGACUACUUGUCAUCGGAAAUCGGCUUGGAGGCAGUGCUUCGCGUUCGUGCCACUACGGGUCUGCGCAUGAACGCCUUCUAUGGCAACUUCUUUAACAGGAGUUCGGAUCUCUGCGCAUUCCCCGCGUUCCCUCGCGACCAGUGUUACGUUGUCGAGGUUGCCAUCGACGAGAACCUGACCAAGAAUGUUGUAUGCCUGCAGACUGCGGUUCUUCACACCACAUGCAACGGAGAGCGUCGUAUCCGCGUCAUGACGCUUGCUCUGCCGACCACCACAAACCUCGCCGAUAUCUACGCUUCGGCAGAUCAGCAAGCGAUCACCACAUACUUCAGUCAUAAGGCGGUCGAGCGCGCCCUGAGUGGUGGCUUGGAAGCUGCCCGCGACUCUCUUCAAAACAAGCUGAUCGAGCUUUUGCAGACUUUCAGAAAGGAGCUUGCAGGCGGCAGCAUGGGAGGUGGCUUACAGUUCCCUUCCAACCUUCGCGGUCUUCCCAUUCUCUUCUUGGGCCUCAUGAAGAACGUUGGCCUACGCAAGUCGGCGCAGAUCCCGUCAGACCUACGGUCAGCUGCCCUCUGCCUGUUGUCAACACUUCCCGUCCCCCUCCUGAUGCAGUACAUUUACCCCCGUCUCUACUCCCUGCACGACAUGCCCGACAACGCAGGUGUGCCCGAUCAGGAGACGAGCCAGAUCGCGCUCCCGCCACCAUUGAAUCUCUCGUCGGAACGUUUUGUUCCUUACGGCUUGUACCUCAUUGAUGACGGCCAGACCCAGUUCUUGUGGGCUGGCCGAGAUGCUGUGCCGCAGCUCUUGAACGACGUGUUUGGAGUUGACGACAGGACCCAGUUGCGGGUUGGCAAGGGUGCAUUGCCGGAGCUGGAGAACGAUUUCAACGAGCGGGUACGGGCGGUUGUCCACAAGAGCCGGGAUCACCGUUCCAAGGGAGUUGGCAGCAUCAUUCUGCCCCACCUCUAUAUUGUCCGAGAAGACGGAGAGCCGAGCCUUAAGUUGUGGGCGCAGACAUUGCUAGUUGAAGACCGGGCGGAUCAGGGUAUGAGUGCCGCGCAAUGGCUCGGAAUCCUUAGAGAAAAGUGCUACGUCUGGCAGGUUGUGACUUAA